AUGGGAAUCAAGUGUAUUUCCGUGAUAUUUUUCUUGUUGGUCUUUUAUUAUACUGCUCAUUCAAUUAGUAAUGAAACCGAUCAGCGGUUUGCCGAAAGUGAAUCAGCAUUGGAUCCUAACGGCGCUUUAUUGCUUAAAUGGAAAGUUGACUAUUUAAGCAGAAAAAUACAUUUUCAAUUGAUCAUAUCGGAGAGGGCGCCGGAGGUGAAUUGGUUCGCGUUGGGAUUUUCCGACAGAGGGAAUUUGGAAUAUUCUGAUGUUUGCUUAGUAUGGACCGAUUAUAAAGGACGCGAUCAUUUUGAGGAUAUGCAUGCGGACUCCGAUGGGAAAUUGACACCGGAUAAUCAGCAGGACUGCGAAUCUUUUUAUUUCGACGGUGAACGUCGAAGUGUAUUUUUCGAGCGAUAUUUCGACACCUGUGAUGAUGAUGAUUAUAUUAUUGACGAUGGAACUGUGCACGUUGUUUGGGCUAGGGGCGUUGACAAACUAUUUUCAUCCAAAGGGUUAUGUUUGACAUGCACUGAACCACAAGAUCACGGUUUCAUCAGGGUCAGAUUGCUGACUCCAACUGGUACGCCGAAGUACAACGGACAACAGUUGCGUAUCACGAACGAGGAGCUAAAAGUGCCCAGUGGUGACACAACUUAUUGGUGUAAAGUUGUCAAGUUACCGAAUUUUAUCAAUCAGAAUGUCCAUCACAUCAUUAAGUUCGAAUCCACCAUCACUAAAGGCAACGAGGGUUUAGUGCAUCACAUGGAGCUGUUUUAUUGCGACGCUGACCCUAAAAAGGAAAUACCGCUUUACAAUGGGAAUUGUUUUUCACCCGAACGACCAGAUAUCACAAAAUUGUGUUCAAAGGUAAGAGCGGCUUGGGCAAUGGGAGCACCUCCCUUCGCGUAUCCAGAAGAGGCCGGCUUGCCUAUCGGCGGUCCAAACUCCAAUCAAUAUAUUAUGCUCGAAGUGCAUUACAAUAAUCCGGAGUUAAAAAAUGAUUGGGUCGACAGCUCAGGCAUUAUAUUGCAUCUAACGCCGAAGCAGGAGGCGUUACGAUGCCGCUAUAAUGGAGCUUGGUCU